AUGCUAGGGGCCAUCGUCGACACCAGCCUUGGGGACGAUGAGUUCCAUGAAGACUCAACAACCCAUUCUUUGCAGGCCUACGUCGCCGGCCUGGUGGGCCACGAAGCCUCGCUUCUCGUCUUGUCGGGUACUAUGGGCAACCAGGUGGCCAUCCGGGCUGCUCUUAGAUCCCCCCCUUAUUCUCUCGUCGCCGAUAAUCGAGCCCACGUUGCCACAUAUGGUGCCGGAGGCAUGUCAACCAUCUGUGGCGCCGUUAUCAAGCCCGUCAUGCCAUCCAAUGGCCAUCACUUGACUCUAGACGACGUCCAGCGCCACAGCACCACGACGGAGACAAUGUACGACUACCCAACUAGAGUGAUAAGCUUGGAAAACACCCUUUUGGGUACUAUAAUGCCCCUCGCCGAUGCUCGUGCCAUCUCCCAGUGGGCGCGUUCGCAGACGCCGCCGAUCCAUAUGCACUUAGACGGAGCUCGUGUCUGGGAGGCCGUUGCCGCCGGAGCCUUUACCCUGCGGGAGAUUGCCCAAUGCUUCGACAGCAUGCAGCUAUGUUUGGCCAAGGGCAUCGGGGCACCCCUCGGCAGCGUCGUGGUUGGAAGCUCCCGCUUUAUCGAGCGGGCGAGAUGGAGCCGACACUUUAUGGGUGGCGGGAUGCGCGCGUCUGGAAUAAUUGCCGCGCCAGCCAGGGUGGCCAUUGACAAUGUCUUUUUGGGCGGCAAGCUCAAACGGCCCCAGGAAAUGGCCAGACGCGCCUCUGCUCUGUGGGAACAACUCGGAGGCAAGCUUCUAGUGCCAACCGAGACAAACAUGGUGGUGCUGAACCUCGAGGCAUCGGGCUUGGCCCCUUUAGAGUUUCAUGUCAUGGCUCGCAAGUUUGGCGUUAAAACCAUGGACUUGGUGGGCGCUCGCAUUGUCUUUCACUACCAGGUUUCUGAGGAUUCGUUCCAACGGCUCUGUGACUUGUUCGAGGCUAUUAUGACACAAGGGAGUCGUGUUUGA